AUGCCACCACCAAAAUCAUCGCAGCUCGGAAACAAAGAAAUUUCUUUGUUCAGGCAGUUACUUCAACUCCACGAUGAAAGGCAAUACAAGAAAGGCGUUAAAACCGCUGAUUCCAUCCUGAAGAAGAAUCCUGAACACGGCGAAACGCUUGCAAUGAAAGGGUUGAUUCUUUACAAUAUGGGCGAGAAAGAUAAUGGUUUGGAAUACGUGAGAAGAGGCGUUAGAUUAAGCCUCACCUCACACAUCGUUUGGCAUGUUUUUGGUAUCAUUCAGCGCCAGGAACACAAAUACGAAGAUGCGCUUAAAUCUUACACUCAAGCUUUGCGUCAUGAUUCUGAGAAUGUUGCUUUGAUUAGGGAUGUUUGCACCCUAUCCACUCACCUUCGUCAAUUCCAACCUUUGGUGGAACAACGCCUCUUCUUGCUUAAAACUCGUCCUUCUAUGCGUACUCAAUGGGUUAGCGCUGCUGUGGCUUUAGAUUUGGCUGGUCAUCACGAUAAAGCGCUUAGAAUCCUCUCUGACUUUGAAUCUACUCUCACUGACCUUGAAAAUGCUGAUAGCUCUCUCAAAUAUGAAAUGAGCGAGGUUUUCCUCUAUCACAUCUCUAUUCUUGAGAAAUCUGGCUUGUUUCAACAGGCUAUUGAUCUACUUGUCGAGCGUCAACCUAAUAUAUGUGAUAUCGUCGCUUGGAGAGAGUCUCACGCACGCUUCUUGACUCUCCUCAACAAACCCGAUGAAGCUGCAGAUGCUUGGAGACUGCUCAUUCAGAGCAACCCCGAAAACAGAGCUUACUAUAUCGGUUUCUUCAAAACAAAAGGUAUCGAUUUCACUCAAAACCUCAGCGAGCAAGACAAAUCUUCAGCACUCAAAACACUCACCCUCUUCCUCGAACAAUUCCCAAAGGCUGGUGUUAUCCAGAGACUCAGAUUAGACCUCGCAACCCACAAUGCUUUCAGGGAUAUUGCUCACGAAUACCUCACCACAAGAAUCACAAAGGGUGUUCCUUCUCUUUUUGUAGACAUCAAAGCGCUCUAUGGCGACAUUGAAAAGCAGCAAAUCCUCGGUGAUUUGGCUGAGGGAUACCGCACCGAGCUUGAGAAGUCGUGCAAGUUCACCUCUACAGAUGACAAAAUCCAGCCAACGACUUCAUACAUCUGGACUCUCUACUACCUCUCCCAACACUACUCGCAAAUUCGCCAAUAUGAAAAAUCACUGCAAGUAGUCAAAGUGGCUAUAGAGCAUACACCAACACUGCCGGAACUUUACCUCGCACAGGGCCGUACGCUGAAAAGAUUGGGAUGUCAAUCCGAAGCCACUGAAGCAGUAGAGAUAGCCAGGGAGCUCGAUGGACAAGACAGAUUCCUCAACUGCAAAUCGGCCAAGUACAUGAUACGCAAUGGGGAGAUAGAGCAAGCGGAGCAAAUCCUCAGUCUCUUUACUCGUAAAGCAGCUCCGACAUCUGCGGCGGAUUUGUGCGACAUGGAAGCUAUAUGGUUCAUGCGCGAAGAAGCCAAGGCGUACAGCAAAAAGGGCGAGUAUGGUAUGGCUCUUAAGCGCCUCCAUCAGCUUUUCGACACUUUCAAUACCUGGGAAGAAGACCAGUACGAUUUCCACAUAUACUGCUUGAGGAAAUACACUAUCAGAUCUUAUCUCACUGCUCUCGAGCUGGAGGAUGAGUUGAGGGAGGAUAGAAAUUACGUCGAUUCUGCAAUCGAGGCUGCUUCAAUGUAUAUGAAGUUACACGAUGACCCACGUAUAGUUGAGCAAAUCACCAACCCGCAGGCAGAUGACCAGCAAGAUAAAAAGGCGCAGAAGAAGGCCAAGAAAGAUAAGGAAAAGGCAGCAGCGCAGCAAAAAGCCAAGGGGAAGGACGGUAAAGAUGCAGAUGGUCUGCCAGCACCCGCCGAAGACAAGGAUCCACACGGCCAUGGGAUCAUCAAGACGGAAGAGCCACUGGAAGCUGCGGCUAGAAUUCUCGCUCCACUUUCCGCCACGAAACGCAAACGUAUCGAUCUCCAUCACGUCCAAUUCGAAGUGGCUCUGAGGAGAGCGAAGUACGCUCAGGCGAUGCGCGCGCUCAACAGUACCAGAGCGCUCGACCCUCACUGUGGAAUGCUUCAUGUGCAGUCGUUGAAAUUGAAGCUAGCUAUGGAUGCAGAGAAGCAGAAGGAGGAAGAGGGUGAUGAGAUCAUGCAAGCCCUGCACGAGGCUAUGCACACCCUCAUCCCAGCUGACGCCAACCUUGAAAGCUGGAAUGCUGACUACUUGCAGCAUCACUCCCUCCACCCUACCAGGGUACUGGGCGCUGCUGAGGCUAUAAUCCUCAUUCGUGGUCAAGGUAGUGCAAGAGAUGCAGUCAACAUUGUCAUGAACGUCGGGAAAGGGAGUGUCGAUGCUCAAUCUCAAUCUCACCCUCUCGACGUCCCCUCGGCUACUCGUAUGAUGCUGUUCGUCGCUCAUCACCAACCCGACCGCGUCGAAGAAUUGCGCUGCCUCCUCAAUACUCGCUUUCCACAUCAAGACUCCUUCAAGAGUGAACAACAGCUAGCGGAGCAGAAAAAAGCUAUAGAGGCAUCCCGCUUGGAGAGAUCCAUGGCUGAAGUGGACCUGAGUGCUAAGUAA